UUUAUAGCCGUAUAAUCGAAUUUAUUGAAUGGUAUUCCAAUGGGUUGCCGUUAGAUGGCUUAUAUUCUGUUCCCUGUUGCAUACGUCAGUGAACAUACGCGUGGCGUUGAGGGAAGCUUUAUAAGUGAUGACCCAUAUCAGAAUUCUUCUUAAAAUUAUACUAUGCAGUACGAUCACAAUUUAGUCAUAUAAUUCAGAACAAUCUGAUUGAAAUACAGUGAGAAUACAAGAAUCUAAUGACUGUGUCGUUUAAGAAUGAUGCAUCUACAACAUGACAUUGCCUGUUGCAUUUCAGUUUUAUUUGUUUUAAGUGCUGCCAGAGCAGAUUUCCAGGAUUAUCUGAAUAUUCAGCAUCGUGCUCUGCAUUUGCCUGAACAGAAAUUUGGUUUGAACGAGUAUUCUGAUAAUGAAUAUUCUGAUAAUGAUGAAAGGGACAGAGAAUCUUCAGCAUUACAGUGGAAUCAAAUGCCUCUAUUGUAUAAGAAUGGUCAUGUACCCAAAACUAAUCCAAAUUCAGAAACACAUAACUUAGAUGUGCUUGACAAAAAUAUAAUAUGGGAUUCUCAUUGGGCCAAUAAUACAAAGUUUGGUCAAAUAUCAGCAGUGUCAAUAGAUCCAAAUGGCAACAUUGGAAUAUUCCACAGAGCAUCACGUAUUUGGAAUGGAGAUACAUUUGAUAAUGAAGAUAAAUUUGAUAGAAAUAAAGGACCUAUUCGGGAAAAUACUAUAAUUCUUCUAGAUAAGUCUGGGAAGAAAAUAUCAGAAUGGGGUGGAAACAUGUUUUAUCUACCGCAUGGUUUGACAAUAGACUCUUAUGGAAAUUAUUGGGUUACAGAUGUAGCUUUACAUCAGGUGUUCAAAUUUGAUGCUAAAGAUAUAGCAAUGAUAGAAGAUACCAAAAAGUUGAAGAAAAGGCAAUAUAAUCAAGAAAGAAUGUUCUCAAACAAUUAUGAUUCUAAUAGCAUGUUUCAAGACUAUGUUCCUAAACCAUCACUGAUUCUUGGAGAAGCCUUUGAACCUGGUAAUGAUGACAAGAGGUUUUGCAAACCAACUGCAGUGGCUGUAGAGAAUGAUGGUGACUUCUUUGUAAGCGAUGGUUAUUGUAAUUCCAGAGUUAUUAAGUUUAAUGCCAAAGGAGAGAAAAUUUUACAAUGGGGCCGACAUUGGGGCGAAGGAGGAAGCGUGGAUGAACAGGUCCCUACAACAUAUGCAUUUUACGUACCUCAUUCUCUAGCCCUUGCUAACGAAUUGAAAUUAAUUUUUGUUGCUGACAGAGAAAAUGGUCGAAUUUUAUCUUUUUCUACAAGCGAUGGAGUUUUUCAUAAAGAAUAUAAACACCCUACUAUCGGUACAAAGAUUUAUGGUGUGGCAUAUACUAAAGAUAAACUUUAUCUAAUAAAUGGUCCUGAUCCAAACACAAAUUAUAACGUCCAUAUCCGAGGAUUUGUGCUAGAUAUUUAUUCUGGGAAUAUAUUAUCUCAAUUUGCACCGAAACACGAUAUGGACAGACCUCAUGAUAUAGCUGUGUCUAACGAUGCUUCGGAAAUAUAUGUAGUAGAAUUGAACAUACAAACUGUUUACAGAUUUUUACAAGAUAUAGAUGCAUCAGAACAAACUGGGAAUUCAGUGGCGCGCACAAAUCCUCGUCAUGAACUAUCACCAUUAACGGAUACUAACUCUGAUAAUCUUUCCUCUGGAGGUACUACAACAGCAACAUUAGUCUUGUCCCUUGUUACAGCAGCAGUCAUUUUUAUUGCCCUCUGUGUAGCAAUUGCUGCAGUUGUAGCAAGAUGUCAGAAAAGAGGAUGUUUGUUAAUAAUGCGCAAACGAAUGCAUUGGGAAGCUGAGAGGCGAGGAAACUUUAAACUCUCAGGUCUGUUGGAAAACAGAAGAGGCAAAAGCUUCAAGAUAUUGGAGAAACGACCAAAUCCGCGAGACUUUAGUAAAUUGAACACGGAACCAGAAACAUCAGAGGAUGAACAUCCCGAAAACAGUUUUACAAAAAUCAUUUAAUUCCAUCAAACAGUUUUGACAAAUUCGCUUUCAUUUUCAAUGUAUUACGUAUACACGAUGCAGAUUUGAAUUUGAGACGCCAUGACGCUUACCUUUUAUAACGGACGUUUGAAUUCGAAGCCUCAUCAGACACCUCAUAACUGUUGUCCUUUGACUUCCAAACACUUGAUUGUUCAGUUAAGUAUGCUAAACCGUUUUAAUUUAAACAAACCAAUAUAAUGAAACCGAUUUAUAUUCGCUAAAAAUGUGAUAUAAUAUCAGCGCGGCACAAUUUCGCCGUGUAUUCGUACACUACCGCCAUCGUAGCUCGCCAAACGACGCGUCGUCAGCCGUAACCGGAAGUACCCGAAUACGUCAUUAUUUGUUUCUUGAAUAUUGUUAAUUAAUAUAUUUGAAUUUAUUUAAUUAUAUUUAAUGCAAAAUAU